CCACAUGGUCUAAAAUUAAUAAUUUCUGUCCAUGCCAACAGAAAACUUAUCCCCACCCAGAAGCCGCAGAAACUCGUAUCGUACCGUAUCCAUCUUCUUCGAAAGUCCACCCUCUCUCAUUGAGAAAGAAACACCGAACCGAACCAAACAUGGUGGUGGCGGGUGCAUCCCAAGCCAUCUCGAUCUCCAUCUCCAGCACAAGUCCCCAACUCAGAAGCCCUUCAUGUUCCGAUUUCCACCCUAAGAAGUCACCCACUUCCUUCUUGGGCUGGGCCCAGCCCCUGCAGCCCAAUGUCUCAAUCUCCUCCAAAAGGACCCAUCGCAACCACCACUGUUCCCGCUGCACCGCCAAUUCUAACCACACUUCUCUUAACUGGGAUUGGAAUCGCUGGUGCCGCCAUUUCUCCGAAAUUGAACAAGCCGAGAGCUUCGCCUCUGUUCUCAAGUUUCAACUUGAAGAUGCUAUUGAGAAGGAAGAUUUUCAAGAAGCGGCGAAGUUGAAGAGAGCUAUAGCGGAAGCAACGUCGAAAGAUAGCGUUGCUGAAAUUAUGUCUCAGUUGAAGAAUGCCAUAGAUGAUGAACGAUACCAUGAUGCUUCAAGAUUGUGCAGAUACACUGGAAGUGGACUGGUGGGUUGGUGGGUAGGGUACUCAAAAGAUUCAGAUGACCCCUUUGGUAGAAUCAUACAUAUAAGUCCUGGGAUGGGUAGAUUCGUUGGCAAGAGUUACAGUCCAAGACAGUUGAUCACAGCAUCUACUGGAACACCAAUAUUUGAAAUUUAUGUGGUAAAAAAUGCUGACGACACAUAUCAUAUGCAGGUAGUAUAUUUGCGACGAGCCAAAGGAAAUUCUACGAGUAACCCUCCAUCUAUACCUGCUAAAAGCCCAUCCAAACCAGAGAUUGAGAGUGCAUCUUCAGUUGAGGUGCAGGAACAGGAAGAUAAGGUUGAGAAAAAUGAUGAGAAAAGCAGUAACAUUGAGGGAGCAACUGAGGAGGGCAUUAAAAGUGUCAUAAACUUUCUUAAAGAAAAAAUUCCAGGAUUGAAAGUAAAAGUUAUGAAUGUUAAUGUUGAAGAGGAAGCGGCAGAGGACAAUGAUUCUAUUAAGCAAUUGAUGGAGGAAGAUGGUAAUAAAACAAAAUCCAGCGAGAAUUCUGAUGAGGAAGUUAAUAAUCUGGAUGAACCGGAUGGGGUCACUCUAGAAGGAGAUCCUGAUUCCUCAGAAGAAGAAAAGGAUUUGGAUAUGAAACUUUUUAUUGGUGGAGUUGUACACAACAAUGAAGAUACUCCUGUCAAGGAUGAAUUUAUACGUCUUCCAGCUGAAAUAAAGGAUAUGGAAAAGGAUUCUUUUCUCUUUCAUAUUCCUAAGAGAAAUCUAGAUUAUGAUAUGAGAGAAGAUAAGGUUCCCAAUAUCAAAGUGGCAGCUCUAGCAGCACAAGGAGUCUCAGAGCUUAUGCCUCCCGAUGUUGCCAAGGCAUUUUGGAGUUCUGACAAAGUGUCUUCUAAGGUUUCCAAAAGCAUGCGUGAAAUUGUCAAACUUGCUAUUAGUCAAGCACAGAAAAGAAGUAGAUUAUCUGAGGAUACAUAUUUUAACCGGAUUACCUGUUCAAGAGGGGAUUUUGAUCCUUUCGAUGGACUCUAUGUUGGUGCAUUUGGCCCUUAUGGCAUUGAAAUAGUGCAACUGAGACGAAAAUUUGGACAUUGGAAUGAAAUGGACACUGAAAACCACACUUCAGACAUGGAAUUCUUUGAAUAUGUAGAGGCUGUGAAAUUGACUGGGGAUCUUAAUGUUCCUGCUGGCCAGGUGACAUUCCGUGCCAAAAUUGGUAGAGGCAAUCGCAACAGCAACCGUGGGAUGUAUCCUGAUGAAUUAGGAGUGGUUGCUAGUUAUAAGGGCCAGGGGAGAAUAGCAGACUUUGGUUUUCGAAAUCCAAAAUGGGUUGAUGGAGAAUUGCUUCAACUUAAUGGCAAGGGCAUGGGACCAUACAUGAAAGGUGCAGAUCUUGGUUUCCUUUAUGUUGUGCCUGAGCAAAGUUUUCUUGUGUUGUUCAACCGGUUGAAACUUCCUGAGUAAGCGACAAAACCCUAAUCCUGACACUAGUUACAGUACUGUGUUACGUUUUGUAUUGAGAGUAGUUUUACCCAACAUGCAGGCACUUGCUAUUUUCUAGCCCUUCAAUCCUUUCAUGAGUUCAAUUUUUCGUAGUUUCUGUUACCAAUUUCUUAGUUAUCAUAUUGUGUAUAUAAAUUUUGCUGACCGUGAAAAUAGUGUUAGGAACUCCGAAAGAACCAUUAAGGAAUCCGUUAUGUGCAUUAUACUUCAGGCCUAUGUGUGCCUCUUUUCUUGUUUGGACUUCUCUGGUGUGGAAGUCGCGCUCAGUCUGCCUGUAUGUAAGGAAGCCUAUAUAAUUAAAUUUGACAAUA